AAGAGCGAUUUAUUUCUUUAUUAAUACCCACACAUUAACAGGUUUCUUUCUGGUUGCCUUACUGUCAUGCACUUUAGGGGGAGCUUUGGCAUGAUUUGUCGGAAACUGCCAAAGGAAAGCUCAAAAAGUAGUCAUUCUCUUUCCGGUAAUCUCUGAUUCUCUCUUCUCCAAUACUAUUCUCAUUAGGGUUUUACAGAAUCUCCAAAGCUGAUCUAGAAUCCGAUCCUGGAAAGACAAAAAUCCACUUGGGUUUUGCUACUUUUUCUCUUUCCACAUUUUCCCUAGUGGGUUCUUUCUUCUUUUGCUCUGAUUGAAAUCUGGGUUAUUUUCUUUUUUCUUUUGCUGAAUUAGGUUGUUUUUAGUUGUGGUUUUAGUGAGGAAUCUCUCUCUCUGUCUCUUGGUCGGUUGUGGGUUUGGUAAAAGACUAAAUCGGGCUUUUGUUUCUCUACUUUCCCUGGAUGGUUUGAACUUUCCUUUCGAUGAUUCCUAGGGAAAUUGAUAAGUUCGCUUCUAUCAAGUAGAGACCCAUAUUUGGAAUUUUGGUCUAGUUCCUUCAGUUUACUCUUGCCUUGCUGGACUGGAGAGAGACUUUGUGUUUGAAGCUUUCGGUAUUAGAGUUAUCAGGGUUUUAGUUGGGGGAUAUUAAUGGCUUCCCAGGUGAAUAACGAUUGCAUUGAAAAAUUGAUAGCUGCAAGCAAGUCAUUGAGGGUUAGCUUAGAGAAAUCUCAUUCCCUAGGGUUAGCUCUACAGAAGACAGGACCUAGAUUGGAAGAGAUUAACCAACGAUUACCUGUCCUGCAAGCUGCAGUUAGACCCAUUCGUGCUGAUAAGGAUGCCCUUGUCGCGGUGGGUGGUCACAUUAACCGUGCCGUUGGACCUGCAGCGGCGGUGCUUAAGGUUUUUGAUGCUGUUCAUGGACUUGAAAAGUCGCUAUUGUCAGACCCUCGAUACGAUCUUCCGGGUUACUUGUCUGUGUUGAAACGUUUGGAAGAGGCUUUGAGAUUUCUGAGUGACAAUUGUGGAUUGGCAAUUCAGUGGUUGGAUGAUAUAGUGGAGUACAUGGAGGAUAAUGCACUUGCGGACAGUGGGUACCUUUCUAAUCUGAAGAAGUCGUUGAAAAAUCUCAGAGAAUUCGAAAAUGCUGAGGGAAAAUCUCGACUGGAUGGUGGGCUUUUAGAAGCUGCAUUGGACAAAUUAGAAAAUGAAUUCAGACGCCUCCUUACUGAACAUAGUGUGCCACUUCCAAUGUCAUCAUCGACUGGGGAACAAGCAUGCAUUGCGCCUUCACCGUUGCCUGUUGCUGUCAUCCAAAAGUUGCAGGCCAUUCUGUGGAGGUUGAUUGCUAAUGGUAGGCUUGAGAAGUGCGUAUCUAUUUAUGUUGAAGUCCGUAGUUCGAAUGUAAGGGCAAGCUUGAAGGCUCUUAAUUUGGAUUAUCUUGACAUGUCAAUUUCAGAGUUCAAUGAUGUGCAAAGCAUAGAGGGUUAUAUAGCACAGUGGGGGAAACAUUUGGAGUUUGCUGUGAAACACUUGUUUGAGGCAGAGUAUAAGCUCUGUAAUGAUGUUUUUGAGAGGAUUGGAGUGGAUGUUUGGAUGGGCUGUUUCUCAAAAAUAGCUGCGCAGGCAGGGAUACUUGCUUUUCUUCAAUUUGGGAAGACUGUCACAGAGAGUAAGAAAGAUCCCAUAAAGCUUCUGAAGUUGUUGGAUAUAUUUGCAUCUUUGAACAAAUUGAGACUGGACUUCAACCGUCUUUUUGGUGGAGCAGCAUGCAUGGAAAUCCAAAACCUGACAAGGGAUCUCAUCAAGAGGGUAAUUGAUGGAGCGGCUGAAAUUUUCUGGGAGCUACUGGUUCAGGUGGAGAUACAAAGGCAGAAUCCACCUCCUCAAGAUGGAAAUGUUCCUAAAUUGGUGAGUUUCAUUACUGAUUACUGUAAUAAGUUGCUUGGGGAUGGUUAUAAGCCAAUCCUAACCCAGGUUCUUGUCAUUCACCGAAGUUGGAAGCAUGAAAAGUUUCAAGAGAGGCUCCUUAUCAACGAGGUGUUGAAUAUAGUUAAGGCCAUUGAGCUAAACUUGGAGACAUGGAUAAAGGCUUACGAAGAUACCACCUUAUCGAACCUAUUUGCAAUGAACAAUCAUUGGCAUUUGUUCAAGCAGCUGAGGGGUACUCAGCUUGGGGAUCUUUUGGGCGACCACUGGUUCAAAGAACAUGAACAAUACAAGGAGUAUUAUGCAGCAGUCUUUUUAAGAGAUAGCUGGGGUAAGCUACCAAGUCAUUUAAGUAGGGAGGGCCUAAUUUUGUUUUCUGGUGGGCGUGCCACUGCUCGUGACCUUGUCAAGAAAAGGUUGAAAACGUUCAAUGAAUCUUUCGAUGAAAUGUACAAGAACCAGUCAAACUGGGUUAUCUCAGAUAAAGAUCUAAGGGAGAAAACUUGCCAACUUAUAGUGCAGGCAGUUGUGCCCGUUUAUCGAAGCUACAUGCAGAACUACGGCCCCUUGGUUGAGCAAGAUGCAAGCUCCAGCAAGUAUGCUAAAUAUUCAGUGCAAACCUUGGAGAAAAUGCUCAUGUCUCUCUACCAGCCGAGGCCAGGGAGAUACAACAGCUUCAAAGGUAGGUCACCAAGUGGGAAAUUCAAUAACGGAGUACAAGCAGAGCAUCGUCGUACUACAUCUGCAGUCAUGUGACUACAAUCUUUUUUGAGGAACCACAUGCCAGAGCUAUCAUUUUAUCAGAAUGAUUAGCCUUUCACUUUGUAUACAAGUACAUCCUCAGGGGGUGCGUAUAAACUAUCUGUUGAUUGUAGAAACUGGGCCAGAAAGUUUUCCAAAUGUUGUGUUAUCCAUUCUUUGAGAUUUCUUUACGAGAUAGAAAUUUUGCUACUGGGAUGAAUGUCAUCAUGAAGAUGGAGUCCGACUGCCUGAGGCUGAGGAUCGUGCCACUGCCAGUGCCAACUCAUGGAGACUUUCAAUAUUUCAUACAUAAAACCAUCACAAGUUUACGGCCCUCAGUUCAUAGAUAAUAUGUAUUGUUCAGGUAUAGCUAUCAAUUUUUCUUUAUUUCUUUUCGACUCAUUGAUUCAAUAGGCAGGCAGCAGGGAAGGGGAGUAUAGAAGUCAGGGGCCUUCAAGAGAUGCAUCUUGUGGUACCCGAUGGCUUAAUAUUGUUUAGAACUUGCAAUUGCUAUUAAAGGCUAAAGCCAUUAGUUAUCUACCGAUUUCUGUAUUUCUUAUUUAUUUCUGUGAUUAUUUAAAAAAAAAGUUAAAUUAAAUUAAAUUAUAUGCUUUGCUUCA